ACAGAUCUCAUAUAUUUCUUGCAACAUUAUUGUUUGUUUCCCAAGACAAUCAAUGGGUCGACCCCCAUGUUGUGAUGAGGACGGUUUGAAGAAGGGGCCAUGGACGCCCGAGGAAGAUCAGAAACUAAUUGCUUACAUUAGCAGCCAUGGCCAUGGAAGUUGGAGGGCACUCCCCAAGCUUGCUGGCUUGAACAGGUGCGGAAAGAGUUGCAGACUAAGGUGGACAAAUUACCUUAGGCCUGAUAUCAAGAGAGGGAAGUUCUCUGAAGAUGAAGAGCGAAAGAUCAUCAACCUUCAUUCUAUUCUUGGAAACAAGUGGUCAAGGAUUGCAACAAAACUUCCUGGGCGGACCGACAAUGAGAUCAAGAACUACUGGAACACUAAUUUAAGGAAGAAGUUGCUUCGAAUGGGAAUCGACCCAACCAGCCACAAGCCAAGAACUGAUCUCAAUCACCUUGUGAAUCUUUCUCAGUUGCUUGGUGCUGCAAACUUCAGAAAUUUAAUGAUUCCUAAUUGGGGCAGUCAAGCUCUAAUUAGUAAUUUACAGGCUGAUCAUGCCUCUCACCUGGCAAAUAUCCAACUCCUGCAAAAUCUGUGGCAGAUUAUAAAUACAAACCCUCUUCUAAAUAUGGAUAAUACUGAUCAUCUGUUUGGGAUCCGAAAUCUCAACCCUUUUGAAGGACUUCUGAAUGGGACAAGCACUCUCUACAUGAACAAGGAGCCCCUCCUGACAGGUCUUGAAGAGUAUAUAAUUGAUUCGGGACUGCUCAAGAACCCUAAAGCUCCCAGCAACUGCCCGGGUAUUUCUAACUCUUGGGAAGGAGUUUCAGAUGGAUUCAUCCCAGAAAUUCUUGGUAUAAAAAACAGCAGCUUUAGCAGUACAUUAAAUGAGAAUCAAACAGAAAACCAGAACCUAUUGCCAGCAUUGCUUUCUGAAUCUCCGGGUACGUACCAUGUCAACCAAAUGGAAAUUAGCAAGACUACUGAUCCAAAUCAAUCCUCAACCGAGUCAGCUUCUUCCAGUACUAUCUUUGAGGCUUGGGACAAGCUCAUGGAUGAUGAAACGAGCGAUACCUAUUGGAAAGAUAUAUUGGAAUUAACAUCCUCUUCAACAUCGCCAAUUACGUCAUGGUAGAGUAACAUUUUUUUCACCUGAAGUGUCACCCAGGC